AUGUCUCAAUACAAUCUUGGAGGUGUUGCGUUUCCAGGAGGACACACCGCUAGUGAACCUUCGGAUCCCUGGAGGAGCAAUGCCCCCUCUACACCAUCGGAAGCAGGACCAGCUGCCCCUGCAGAUGAACCCCAUACUAGCAGCACACCCAAGGCAUCGGGAGUAGUCAGAAACCCGUCGCCCACCACCCUGCCAGCAUUCUCCACACCUCAGACUUGGGAAUGGCAGGGAGUUCCUUAUGCAACCAUCGAGGAAGCUGCCAAUGCCGCCGCAUCCAACACCAUCCCAAACGACGUUAAGGAAUGGGUAAUGAAUGUGGUACGAUCAUUCGUCAUGAGAGACGUUGUAAGCUCGUACGAAGCUUUACGUCAAAAGAUGGAUGAGCGACACGAGCACACAGUGGCCUCGUUGGAAGAUGAAGUGAUGGCUCAUAUCCACAUCGGCACCCUCUCCGCUGACAACGAACGGCUCAUCAAGUCGAAUAACAGUCCGACGCUCGAAGCCCAAGCAAUCCACAAGGACUUCGAAGAUUACAAAGAUGAAGUAAAGGGUCAGAUGGACGCCCUUUAUGGCAACAUGGUCACCCUGAAGGAGGCUCAGGAAAAGACCACUACUUACAUCGUUGGCUUGGAGUCUCGAUUCAACAAUGCCAUCAUCAAUGCACCUUCACAAGGUAUCCAACCGCUGAAAUCAUCGGAAAAUUUCGAGACUUGGUUCACGAACCUCCUCAUCUGGCUCGAUUACAACCACUUCACCGAUGACAAGGACAAAAUUCGGCAGGCCAACGCACAUCUAGAAGGUGGAGCAGCUCUAUAUAUAAAGGAGUAUGCAAUCAAGCUUGCCUCUGGACAAGACAUCGGCACCUGGGCCGAAUAUACCAGAAAACUGGAAAUGGCAUACAAGAUGCUUGACCCCAAGCGCAUGGCACAAUCUUUGCUAGAUGCACACUGCGCGAUUCACCACAAGACAAUGAUUGCCUUCGCAGAGAACUUCAGGGCUUACGCCCCCGAAUCAGGCUACUCUGACGAAGAUCUGAUCGUCAAAAUCAGGGAACAACGGUCGACUCACAUUCAAAUGGUCAUGUCAGUAACGGAGACUCUGGACCCAUCAAAGAUCCCAACCACGUGGAUGGACUAUCUAGAAUUCUGCUCGGAAAUAGAAAUCAAACACCUCCAGCAGAUAUCGGGUAACAAGUCUACUGGACAGACCACGGCAAAUAAGGCAACUGCUCCCAAGGACCCUAACGCAAUGGACACAAGCGCACAAAUCGCACACGAACUAUCCCUGGAACAAGACAGGUGGCUGGCAAACAAACUAUGGCAAGGAAAAGGGAAGGGCAAAGCGACGAACGUGCGACAGGUGGAAGAAGAAAGUAGCGUGGGCUCAUCAGCUCAAAUUGCGGCACUGGAACAAGCAAUUGCUGCACUUCGCGGAAUGAGCACAACGUCGACUACACCACCGUCCAGCAAGGGCAAAGGCAAGGCGAAGAACGUGGACACAGCAUCAACGGCAUCAGCAUCAACGGUUAAGGACACCAAUGCGAGAAUCAUCGAGAUAGAUGAUUUCUCAGAGGAUUUUCAAUACGAAGUGUAG